GAUUUGUUUCGGAAGUGAAGUGAAAAAUAACUACAAUGUAACAUUUUAUUACGGUACCGCAAACUUAAUUCACCACAAACAACCUGAUUAAAAUGUUGUUAACAUGUUACGAGAAAUUGGACUUCAAAUUCUCAUUUUGUGGAGCUUACUGUCAAUGUUGAAGAAGUUAGAAAAGUUCGGAGCCGUACUAACCUGACGUUAGUUAGUUAGCAUUAGCCAUCAAGCUAACCUAGUAGGCGCGAGCAGGUUUGACAGCUUUCAGCAUUCAUAUCUAACCUUGCUAAAACAUCGGGCACGCAAAUGUCAUUUAUAAAGAGCAAUAGCGCAAUAUUGAACAAUACAUUUGACUCAAAUGCAUACCUGACAGACGUAGCUAAGCCGUUUGUUGCGGUCAACCGUAGGGGUCUUGGAAAUGCAUUAAGUUUGUCGCCCUGUGUGUAGUUGAAUGCCUGCUCUAAGGCUCAACGUUGGCUAGAGCUAUGUGGCGAUUGGGGAGGGGUGGCAUUACAAGAGCACGAUUGUUUUCCCUCUUCUACUGUGGAGUUUAGGACUGAGAGAGGACGACGUAGCACACUAGCUAGUAGGUCAGUAGGAGUAGCUGAUUCAACCCUGAACUGCGCACGAGGAGGGACAUAGGAGUGGUCUGGAAUAUAAACAUAACUAACCCUGACCCAUGUACACAAAGGGGCAGCAGCAGUAGUAGGUUGGAUGCGGGUUGUGUGCGCGGUGCUGUGCCUUGGCCUUGUAGGGGCGCUGCAGCGGGACCAGGUAGCUCAACAUGCCAUCAAGCUGCAUCGGGGCAGGAGUGCUGUGGCCAAGCACGCUUGGAGCUGGGUGUCUGAUAACUGCCGGCGCCUGGGCAGCCUCAUCCGACAGAAGAACACGGCCAUUAAGAAGCUAGCUGUGGCUGCAGCCGCUGUGGGGCGAGACCACUCCCUCUCAGAUCCAGAGAGACUCUUCCAGGUUCACACUCUGGAGGUGUUCCAGAAGGAGCUGAAUGAGAGCGAACGCUCAGUCUUCCAGGCGGUGGUGGGCCUGCAGAGGGCGCUGCAGGGAGACUACAGGGACGUGGUUAACAUGAAGGAGAGUAGCCGUCAGAGACUGGAGGCCCUCAGAGAAGCAGCCAUUAAGGAGGAACAGGAGUAUGUAGAGCUGGUAGCAGCAGAGAAGCACCAGGUGGAGGCUGUGAAGAGUGCCCUGGCCCAGAACAAGACCCUGUCCAUGCUGGAUGAGAUCCUCGAGGACGUCAGGAGAGCUGCUGACCGCCUGGAGGAGGAGAUAGAGGACCACGCCUUCGACAACAAUAAACAGGUUCAUCAACAACAACAAACACAUAGACAAUAUAGAGGACAACAAUAAACAGGUUCAUCAACAACAACA